CUGACGGGUAGAUGGUACAGCAUCGGCCUGGCCUCCAACGCCAACUGGUUCAAGGAGAAGAAGCACGUGAUGAAGAUGUGCACCACGGACAUCUCUGCCACUGCAGAUGGGAACCUGGAGGUCACCUCCACCUACCCCAAGGGUGACAAGUGCGAGAAGAGGAACAGCCUUUACACCAAGACGGAGCAGCCAGGACGGUUCAGAUACACCAGCCCACGCUGGGGCAGCAACCACGACAUCCGUGUGGUGGAGACCAACUACGACGAGUAUGCCUUGGUGGCCACCCAGAUCUCCAAGAGCACCGGACCCUCCACCAUGGUGCUGCUCUACA